CCCUGUCGAAGUCACCACUCGUCUUCUACCUUACGCGGUCGCCAUUUUAUAACUACGAGUCUACAAAGCUGUUAUAUAUGAGCGCACGUUACGAGCUUCAGGAACCACACGAUUCCAGUGGGCAUCGUAUUGACAAAACAAGCAGGCCAAGCAGACGCAAUGGACGUGCCGUUCUUCGUCACUUUCUCCCUCAUCCUCCUCCUCGGGAGGUACCUCCCCUUCGCGCUCCCGCCGACCGCUCGCGCCGUCCUGGCCGACAACGUGGCCGGGCCGGCCGCCCGCGCCGCGAAGUUCGCCGUCUCGGUGUCCUUCGCCGGGCUCACGCUGCUGGUGUCCAUGGAGUGCUCCGGCUGCCAUUAUCAGCAGCAGCAGCAGUGCCCGGGCGUGACAAUGGAGGGGCGGGCGCUGUGGCUCAACUCCGCCGCGCUGUUCCUCGGCAUGGUCUUGGGGGGCGUCGCGGUGGCGCUGCACCCGCCCGCGUUCGUGCCGCCGUUCGUCCAGGUGGUCAUCGAUCACCUAACCAGCGUAACGGAGACUAUCGCGACCACCGCGUUCGCGCACGAUGUCUGUAUUUUCAUCAAGAUCUUGAAGGCGAAACAGCUCGUGUGAUGACUGAUGAUGGCCGGUAUCGGCUGAGUUUUCUCGGCUCGGCUCAGGGAGCAGCAAAUAAGUUUGACUAGGUCAGAUAGCAUUCAGUUUCCAGAAAUUAAGUUGUGCUACGGCAGCAGCAGCAGCACCGGAUCGAGUAUCAGACCGCUGCGCGUCGUGCAUGAUGAUCGAGUUGUUAUGCUCUAGUCCUUCUCACCCUUUUCCGCUUUCGUUAACGUUGUAAAGGUUAAUGUUAUAUAGUGUGAAAGAUGUUCCAUGUUCAUUCGAUAAUCAUGAGGUCUAUAUUCUGACGAGAAUAUAUUAUUAUUAUUAUUA